AAAUCUCAAUUUAAAAUCACGCCUAAAAACACGGAAGUAAAAAUGUGAACAGGAAACUCAGCAAAAAUCAAGUCAAGAAUUCGUUAUAUUCUAACCAUGGACUGGAAACUAUUGACUGUUGUCUUUGCUAACAUUUUAGGUUUAUCCACCGUGUCUGGUUCCUGCUACUAUAACUCGUAUACUACUUCCUACUACUGUUACUAUGAUUACUACGAUUAUUACUACAGCUACUAUAGUAACUACUAUACACUGGGUGUUGGUGCCAUCCUUGGUAUCAUAUUUGGCUCCCUUGCUGGAUUGGCCAUCUUAAUUGGACUUCUCGUCUGCUUGUGUGUUUGCGUAUGCAGAAAAACCACACCAAAUCAAGGCACAGUUCUUUAUUACAAUCCCAACACAAAUGUAGGAGCAACUGUGUUGCAAACUACCCAGUCACCGGAACAGCCUUACACUCAGCUAAGGUUUUACCCGACCUAUCCUGAGCAGAUGCAAGCACCUGGGCAGGCAACUGGGCAAAGUGGAGCAUUUUCUGGUGCUUUACCUCCCCAGUACAGUCCAUCUCAACAGUCUACUGAAAAUGAAAACCACACCCAGAAAUACUAGUGACGUGUUGCUAAAUGGUUGUUACAUCAUCGACAUUCUUAAAAAAGGUUUAAACUGGUAAAGACAAGCAAUGAGUAAUCUUAAGUUGCUUUGUUCUUUUCUUUGUUUGUUUGUAUAUUGCUGUUAACGUUCUCCACUUAUUGUUUAAUUAUUUAUAAAUGCAGUUUUUAAACUCCCCUCAAAGAAAAAUACUUUUAAACAUGUUUAUUGUAUAAUUAUGAUAUUUAUAAAUACUUUGAUGACUGAUUACAUAUUAAUCAUUAUAAUAAGUUUGAAAUUUCUAAUAAAAGUACGCAUGUUUUUGUGAAGACUGAACAUCAAGAAUUCUAUUAAAAUUAAGAAAAAAAUCCAGAGAUACACAAGUCAUGUUUGAAAAUGACAACCAAUCCUUUAUUUGUAAUUUUAAAGAUAACACUUUUCUUAGAAACACUGAGUUAAAUGUACGUACCCUACCAAAUAUAUAUACUUACAUAGCAGGGACUCUCUUUUUAUGGUUCAGUACAAAUGAGCUAGAAUAUAUAGCACAUUAUAGUCUCGUGUGUUUGUUCUGUCCAAUUUAUUUCAAUAUUUCGAAGGUAUGUGCUUAAAAAAUAUCAUUCUAUUGUAUAUUCAGUGCAAUUAAGAGCCAGACUUUGGAAAAAGACCUUGCAUGCUAUUGCAGGUCUGUAUAUGUCUACUUUUCAUUUCAGGUUGACACACUCAAUCUCCUUAAAGAUGCUUCAAAAUUUCAUUAACUGAUGUGAUGUCUUAUUCAUAUCAGUGAUGAAAAUCCUUUGACAAUGAAGUAUAAUAUAUACACCGUAUAAGGGCAAAGCCUCCCAUUGUCACAUCCUCUGCAUUGAGAAACAUUCAUACGAUUACUUUUCGAGAAA